CCAAAAUGGCGACUGCAGAGUUGGAGUAUGUUCCUCUAGAAAAUGAAGGUAUACAACCUCUUUUAGUGCAUUUUACAAAUGCAUGUCUGACCGCUGAUCGUAAGGGAAAGAAGAAGCAUGGCCUUGACUUCUCCUACUAUCGAUGGAAAGAUCUUACAGAUAAAAGAAAAAAGAAUCGACGAAUUCUGAAUUACAUUAGCCAAAAGGAGGAGAUAGUGGUAAAGGGGGAGACAGCUAAAUCUGAUAGCAUGGAAUAUACCGGUCAGAACUUUGGACAAUUUUCAAGAUCAACUUCUCUCUGCAAAUAUCUUGUUGGUGUACUGGAUAGCGAGAGUGGAAAAAUGAAAAUAUAUGAUACACAGUCAUUCACUUUGCAGCCAAACGUUUUAGAGAAUGCUGCUGACAGAGACAAUGAAGAUGGAAGUCAAGAAUUAUCCUUCAUAGAAAAAUCUGACCGCCUAACUGAAGCCUUUGGCAGCAGUAAAAAGAAAAGACUGGUUGUGUCUCGCAAGAAAAAUGUAAUUAACAAAGAGGAAUUGAGCAGUUCUGUUACUGAAGCUGUCCAGGGAACAACCAUGAGUGCUGCUUUAGAAGAAGUAGCAGAAGAAAAUCAUCAGUCUUCAACAAUUCCACCUUUCAACAUUAAAGCACAAACASCAGCUGAUGUUUAUAAUAUUGAUGACAUUAUUUUACCAUCUGAGUACAAUGCAAUAAAAUUCAAAGCCAAAGAGCUGCAAGGCGCUAACAAGGAGCUGAUUGAACAAUGGAGAAAGCAAGAGAAAUUUCCAGAAUAUGUCCUCCAACAUGCUGCUGUAAUGCCACUUAGUGAGUCUGAAAGAAGCCACAGAUCAUGUUUACUACAGUAUUUAUCAUAUCUUAUUAGCAUGUUUCAAAUGAAUCACACAGCGUUCAAGAAAAAAGAUCCUCUUUCUGGUUACCCUGAUGUGGUCAAAGACAGACUACUGGCUACUUUUACACUAGAAAAUCCCAAAAAAGCGAAUCACAGAUUAGUACCCAAAAGGUUAAAAGACAAACUGCUUUCCUAUAUUCUUGUUCUUGCUUUGAUUAUCGAUGAGUUUAUUGUGGACUGUACAGUUAUAGCAAAGGAUCUUAAGAUCAAUCCGAAGAGGGUAAGCAAUCAUCUGAGAGUUAUUGGUUGUAAUAUUGCAACAAGUGGAUCUUCGAAGAAAAGAAAAGCUGAUGGAACACCAUCUAUAGGAACAGUAACUGCCACACUUAAUGUUCCACUACCUCCAAACUUCCCUAAUAUUGGAAUACACUGAUAUUUGUACAAUGACAAUAAAACAGAGCCGGAUGAAUAUAGUGGUCAACAGGUACCUGCUUGUUGUGCUAAUACCGAAGGGUCUUGUUGGUUUCCAAAGACGCAUCAAUAAUUCUUGGUUGACCAGAAACGCCGUUGGCUUUUAA